UUUAGUUACAGAUUUUCUCUCUGUUCCCCUUUUAAAUCAGAGAGGAGGAAAAAGAAAUGCCUCAUCUUCUUGUUCAUCAUCAGCUAUAUCUACACCAACAACCACUCUCUCCAUCAUCAUUAUCAUUAUCCCUCACACACCUUCACCGGAGAACAAGCUUCGCCAACAAUCUCUGCGACUCAUGUUCAAUAACAACCGGAAUAUCUCAACAUUUAAUGACGCCGUUGAAGAACGUUCGUGUCCUUCGCCCCUCCGCAUUGAAUUCUACUACAAGCAUAAGGUGCAUGGCAAAUCCUCGAAGGGUGAAGAUGGUAGCAAAACAGAUAAGGAGGGAACUAUCUGACAUGCUUCUCACCGACAAAGUUCUCCAGUACGCCGUCCUCCCGGAGGUCGCUCUUGGUGCAGACCGUUACUUGUCCUCCCUCACCACCAUCUCUGACGUCGAAGUCUCCUCUGAUUUGCAGGUGGUUAAAGUAUAUGUUUCUGUCUUUGGUGAUGAAAGAGGUAGAGAGGUAGCUAUUGCUGGACUGAAGUCAAAGGCCAAAUAUGUUCGUAGUGAGUUGGGAAGGCGUAUGAAGUUACGGCUGACUCCUGAGAUACGUUUUAUUGAAGACGAGUCGCUGGAGCGAGGAAGCAGGGUGAUUGCGAUAUUGGAUAAGUUAAAGAAUGAGAAAAAGUCUGUAGAAGAUCAGGAUGAAGGACAAUCAGAAUCGUCUUAUCCUUCUGAAGAUGACAGGGACUGGGAUGUGGAUGACCCAGAUGAAGGCAUUGUGUACAUCAAGUAGAUGCUCUCCUCGGUGCUUGAUACUAUGCCUGUGUGUGCAAACCUUGCAAGUGAACCAUCCGCUGCUUCACAGGAUGGAGCUUUCAGGUUUAUGCUUGGAUAGAAUACAUCCACGUUAAUGGAGUUUUCAACGGCCAUACUGUAUCUCAAUUACAAGAACUUGAGCCAACAUUGUAUCUUUAAUUUACCACAUUUUUAUUUGAUUCUCACUACCUCUCCAACAGGAAGUGACCCUCAAUAUUU